UGCCGCCGAUGUCCUCAAUCAGAAGUCCAAGAGAACACCCGUGACCAUUCGCCUGACAGAUGUCAACGACAAUGCACCCGUCUUCGAAUCUUGGGUCCUACGGUGCCAUCUGUUGCUGAGAUAGCAGGCAUUGGCACGAGCAUAUUCACUGUCAAGGCUGACGACCCCGAUGAAGGUCUUAACGGACAAGUUGAAUAUUAUCUGACUUCAGAGACAAAUGCCACUAAAAAUAACAGAAGCUUUUUCCAGAUUGGAACCUCAAGUGGAAUUGUAACUAUUGCUCAGCUGUUACAUGGACUGGCCUCCACCUACGUGAUUACCGUGGAGGCCAGAGACAAAGGGGUACAUGUCAUGCGCAGUACACAACCAUACAUCGUCGAGGUGUACGAUGUGAAUGAUGACACGCCAAAGUUUGUGAAGCCUAAUCCGAUGAACCCUGUAGCUGUUGUAUCAGAGGACAAACCAAGCGGAGAGCUGGUCAUUGUCUUGGAGGCCGAGGACUCGGACACGGGGCCAAACGGGGAAGUGUCCUACACCCUGGUCCAGCGACAGGACAAUAAGGACUGGCAGAGCUUCAACCUGGAUGCAGAUACAGGAAGACUGACCACUAAUCGCAGACUGGACAGAGAACAGCAGAACGAGUACCAGCUAAUUGUCCGAGCCACAGACCACGGGGUGCCGACUAGCUUCUCCUCUGACUUGACAUUGAUCGUCAGGGUGCUAGAUGUCAACGAUCAGCCCCCCGAGUUUGAUCGCACCACAAUCCCCACCCCAUACAUGGUUCAUUUCCGCGAGAACGAGGCUGGUCAGUGCGCAAGUGUUGCUGUUGCAGUGGAUCGUGACAGCGAUCCUAGCUUCACAAUCAUCUGUUACCAUCUUGAAGGUGUAGAGCUGGCGAAAGUCUUUAAGCUCAACACGACUGGCACCCUGUGUAUCGACCCAAAUGUGACCCUCGAUCGCGAGCAGACCGCCUCGACAAACCUCGUGGUCAGGGCAACAGACAACUGCUACGAAGCUAGUGUACCGGAAGUUAUGGCUCCGUCUGGCUCCAACGCCCCGCCAUUGUACGUCUCUACCAACACAUCGUACCUGUGGGUGAAAGUCAUGGUAGAUGAUGUCAACGACCAUCAGCCUGUCUUCGCCCGUGCGGAUCUGGCAGUCGGGCUGACAAGAACCACUCAGUUUGGCGCCAUCAUCUACAAUUUAAAGGAUGAAGUUUCAGACGCGGACUCAGAUCAGUGGGGGAUCAACAGGUUUGAGAACACCACAGCGUUCACUGCGCAGCCGGAAGCGCUGGUACAGGAACUGGCGGCAUCCGGCAUUAACACCCCGUUUAUUCUGUUCAGUAACGGGUCGAUCAAAACCAACAUGUACUUCAAGGCCGACAUGUCCGGCUACUUCAGUGUCGGCCUCAAAGUUUAUGACAAAGGAGGCUUCAGUGCCACUGCCACGCUCAGGAUAUCCUCAUAAAUGACAAUCAGCGGCUGAAGGUUGUAUUCAGACAACCAGUCGGUGCCGUGGCCAACAUUAAAGUACAGUUUGCUCAGCGAAUGUCCGCCAUCACCAACUACCGGAUUGUCGUCGAUCAAAUCCAGACACACGAGAACGACAACGGCGUUGCUGAACCCGACAA